UAUUGGUCAUCAUGUGCUCUUCGUUAAAUGCUGUCAACCUUUCAAUGAUGCACAGUGUCCAAAGUCUACAUUCGGCUCGAUAAUCUCGAAAAUAACCUCUCUAUGAAAACGUGUCAAGUCAUUCCGGUCACAUCUAGUUCCGAGGGAGGAGAUCCCCAAGUUUGAUAUUGAGAACCAUCAGUUUGUGGUUCCCACAAAGCAAGUAGGGAUGGGACCUGAGGAUAUUCCUAAAUGGGAAAACUCAGAGGCAUACAAGGACCUAACAGGAUUCAUUCAAGCCAUGAAUGAAGCAGUGAAAGGCAAGAAAGUUGGUGCUGACAGAUCCCUCUCACCAAUGAUUGUGGGCCUGUUGAAACUCCUGGACACGUUGGACAGCUACAUAGCAGAGUGCCCACCAGUAGAUCAGCCCCAGAGGUUUGGAAACAAGGCAUUCAGGUCCUGGUUUGACAAGAUGAAACAAAACUCUCAAGAUCUCAUCUCAAAUCUCUUGGAUGAAAAUUUCAAGAAAGCAAGUGAAGAGAUUGCAGUCUAUCUCUCUGACUCUUUUGGAAACCAAACCAGAAUUGACUAUGGGACAGGUCACGAGUUGGCUUUUUUGGCCUUCAUGUUGUGUUUUUACAAGCUGGGGCUGUUGGAGGAGUCCGAUGCUGAAGCUCUCAUUCUCACAGUUUUCACCAGGUACUUGGUUCUGGUGCGCAGGCUACAGUUGUCGUACCGUAUGGAGCCCGCAGGCUCUCAAGGGGUCUGGGCUCUUGAUGACCAUCAGUUCUUGCCCUUCAUAUGGGGAUCUGCACAGCUCGUUGGCCACCCAAGAAUUCAGCCAAAAUCUUUUAUAAAGCCAGAAAUCUAUGAACAUUUUGCAAAAGACUACAUGUUUCUAAGCUGUAUAAAGUACAUUAAUGAGGUGAAAACAGGUCCUUUUGCAGAGCAUUCAAACCAGCUUUGGAACAUAAGUGCCGUCCCCAACUGGGAAAAAGUCAACGCUGGUCUCGUGAAAAUGUACAAGGCAGAGGUAUUGGCAAAAUUUCCAGUGAUCCAACAUUUCUGGUUUGGCAGUUUGCUAAGUAUCCGCCCUGCCACGUGAUGCAUCAUACAGACAUGUGCUUGAACCCUUACCUUCUUAAUGCUGCUUCCGUAUUGCUCACCCAGUUGCCCAUAAAACAGACGCUUCCAAUAAAUUAAAAUUAAAAUCAAUUAAGCGCUAAAAUAUUAUGAAAUUAAUGCACUCCGACAUUGAGUGUUUAAGGGUUAAAAUAUUUUAUACAAAAGUGUGUGUGCAUUUUGUUUGUGAUAACCAAAGCACAUUUGGUAAUAUUUGUUAUUUUAAUGGAAUGUAAAUUAUUCCUUUGACGCAAACUGGCUAAGAGUUAACAUGUUCCUGGCAUUUCAAUGAAGUUGAACGGAUCUAUAUGCAAAUGGCUAGUAAAGCAAAAUCUUUCAACUUUCCUACUUAGUUACUUUCGCCCUAGGAAGUCAGAUAUUGAAAUGGUUUGCAUCCACACCUGAAUAUUUGUUACGCUUUAUAAUCUCAGCCAAGUGUGAUGGUCAACAAAAAAAUCCCCUUAAUGAAUGCUGAGUUUGCAAUCUUUUUAUUUUCUAAAUUUGACCCUUCUAACAUGGUUCUAUUACUGUUUUGAUUUUUUUUUUGCAAAAAUAAGAUUUUUGUUUAAGAGGCAAUAUUUAUUUAUUAAAAUGCUCCUUUUAACAUGUUCUGCAAUCUCAAUUACAGAUGCUUGCAAAAAGUUGGGUACUUUUUGUAGUCAUAUGAGUCAUUGUUUGACUAAAAUUGUUUUUAUGUUUGUUAAAGCGAUGGGCAACGGGGCUAGGAAAUGUGUGAUCAUACUCGGACUGAAUAUAAAUCUGACAUUUUGUAUAUUAUUGUACAUUGUUAUGUUUUAAUUAAUGUUAUAAAUACAUGUAAAUAGGAUGUAACUUUAUAAAAAGCUUUCGAUAGUGAUAUGUAUUGAUUGUGAAUACAUUUUUGUAAAUUUAAAUGCAAUGUGACUUUAUGCCCUGCUUUAGAUAUUAAAAUGUAUUGACUGUUAAAAACAGUGAUUUUCACUUUUGAUUUAAGGUAAUUAGGUCAUAACAAAUCUCGAGCUGAAAUGCACAAAACAGAAAUAAAUUCUCUACUCUUAUAAGAAA